AUGAAGAAAAAGAAGUUACUAAUUGACCAGAAUAUUACUGUUGCAGCAUUAUCUAAUGAAGAGAUUAUAUUUACCAUGACAGAUAAGACGUCUCCUACGCAAUUAAAAAAACAAAGCACACGGCGGCCACAAAAGUUCCGUAAUGAGUGGCUUAGUAAUCCGGAUUUUUGUUCGUGGCUCCUGCCUCAUUCUGAUAAAUUAAAAGCUCAAUGCUCACUCUGCAAAGCAACAAUUACUGCGGAGUUAACAGUUAUUCGCAAACAUGCGACUAGUAAAUCUCAUUUAAUAAUGUUAAAAGGUUUAAAUAAACAAACAAAAAUUGCUAGUUUUAAAGAUAAAGCUUCAAAUAAGUUCGAAAAUGUUCCAAUGAAUGGUACAGUUUCACGCGCAGAAAUUAAAUUGUGUAGUUUUUUUGCACAACACAAUGUACCUUUUAAGAUUAUGAAUUACUUAAAACCGUUACGCCAGGAGUGUGUUCCUGAUAGUGACAUUAUAAAGCAAGUCCGAUUACAAUCUUCUAAAAGCGCGUGUAUUAUUAGAAACGUAAUCGGAUUUGCUGAAAAAGAAGAACUAGCUAGUAAAUUACAAAAAACUCCUUUUAGUGUAAAGAUAGAUGAGUCAACUGACAUUUCAAUGACUCAAACAUUGUGUAUUAUCAUACGGUAUUACGAUGAAUGUCUAAGACGAAUAGCUAGUAAUUUUUGGGAGUUAUGUAGAAUUUUCAAUGACGAUUCUAAAGAAGUAUCUGCUACAGCAGAGCAUCUUUUCAAUUGUGUCCGCGAAUAUUUUCAACGCUUCUCUGUAUCCUUUGAUAAAAUUAUUGGUUUCCGGUCAGACGGAUGUAAUGCUAUGAUAGGUAAACAUAAUGUAGUAAGAACAAGAUUUAAAGAUAGUUGUCCUAACAUUUACAUCAUGACAUGUAUUUGCCAUUCGCUUCACCUUUGUUCCAGUAAAGCUUGUGACGCAAUACCGUUUGAUUGUGAAAAAUUAUUUCAUUCAAUUUAUAAUCACUUUUCAUCAAGUUGUAAGCGGCAGCAUGAAUUUAAACAAUAUCAACAGUUCUUAGAGCUAAAAAGUCAUAAAAUUUUGUGUCCAGUGGAGACUCGAUGGCUUUCAGUAACAGCU